CAAUCCCACAUCCCCCAAUCAAUCCCCACACCCUAUUCGCGUCGCUCCCAGGCAGGCAGGCUCCCCGCAACCCAACCCUAGCUUCCUCCUCCUCUUCCCCGAUGGAUCCGCCGCCCACCAGGGAGGAGCUCGAGCCCGAGCCCGAGCCCGAGCCCGAGCCCGGAUCCCGUCCCUUCCCCGACGCCGACGAGCCGUGGACCACCCGAUCGGAACGCGACGAACCGGAGACUUCCCCACCGGAACGCGACGACCCGUCGUCGGGUGCUCCGCCGCCGCCGCCUCCUCUACGCCAGCAGCUCAUGGGGGCUUGCCGCGCCGACGAGCGCCUCAGGCCUCUCCUCACCCUCAACGUCUCCUGCACCGCCGCCGACGACCGUUUCAUCGCUCACCUCGCGCAGCACUUCGAGGUGUCGGAGGUCGGCAUGCUCGCGCGAUGUCUGUGCGUUCCCCUCGUCUCCCUGCGCGUGGGCAAGGUUCAGAGGGACGGCGCCCUCCUCUGCCCAACACCCAUUAGAGGGAAGCUGAACCUUGGUCUUCUGCCGUCAUCUAGCAUGUGCCUUACCUUUGUUGGUGAUGAUGGUUAUUCAGAGCAACUAGCUCUAUUGAGCAACGGCUUUGAAUGCAUGGAAGUUGUGAUUGAAGAAAUAUCAGCUGAUAAUUCUGGGCGCUCUUUCCUAGUCAGAAUUUCAGAGUCUAAAGUAUUUUACUACUGGUGUGCUGAGAAGUCAAAGGAACAUGGAAUGGAACUUCUUUCGAAGAUGAAAAACCUUUUGGACGGGAGACCAACACUCUCUGAUCUGACUGGCAUUUCCAAUUCACGACUUGAUGCUUUUGCCACUCAUUUACAUGCUUAUCUUCUCGCAUCAAGUAUUGGCGACGUCAAAUCGUUGGGAUCACUUAAUGACUUUCUGGGUCCGUCAAGAUCGCAUGAUCAAUAUUUGCAGCUCCAAUCAGCUGUUUCCAAGACUUCAAGGUUUCGUGCCUCUGUAAGUAAUGCAACGAAGUCAAGCUCUGUCUAUCAAACCAGCUUAAGUCCCAGAUCUGGCACUUUUAAAGAUGGUGUGCCAAGGGCUUCAUGUUCAAGGGUUGUCGGGAGAGAGAAAUUGAAGCGUCGUGCGGAAUGGUCGAGCCCAUCAAUUGCUCCCCUUGACACAAAUCAUUUAACAUCAAGCAGUAUCAACCCUGAUUCUACCAGUGAGAAGUGCGAUGCAGAUUGUUCAAGGAACAUUGUUACCUCAGUUCCUUUGGACUUGCCUCUUUCAUUUCCCCUGUUGCCAUCUAUCUACUCUCUUGGCACUUGUCCGCCACCUGAGGUUUCUUUGGAGAAGCAGUUUAAGCCUUACUAUUGCUGGUGUCCGCCAUGUCCAUCGUCACUGCAAUACACCGUUUCCCCUCUGCAUCUGCCAGCUACAUCUGUAGAUCCAUUACCCCUACCACCUUUGAGUUCUCUGGUAGCAAAUGAGCAGCAACCUUGUUCAGAAGUGUCUCCAAAUCUGGAUACAACUGAUCUCCCUUCCCUUAAUCUUCCAUCGAUACUGCAUGAUCCUUUACUUCACCUGCCACUUCCCACUUCACCACUUAUUCCCCUACAUGGUUCACAGGUUCCAACGUUCACGCCAUUGAUGUCUGAUCCUAUUGUGCAUGUCCCAGUCAUUGAUGUGUGUUCUGCAGGGCAGGCAUACCUGGUGAGUUGUGGUCCUUCAAUAUCCUCAGCAGUUCCCCUGCUUCCUAGCUUGAAGCCUCUGCUGCCAGAAGCAGACUCGUUAGUCGAGAGAAGUGCAAGGGAAACACUAAUGAGGCUCAUAGCAUCGGCACCACCUGCAAGCAAUCCUCAGUUAGCUAACAUUCUCCCUGUGGUCCUGCCAGAAAGUAUAUCUCGCGCUAAUAAUGUGAACAAGCAUGCUGAUGCUGACCCUGAGGACAAAGAUUUUGGUACAUCUUGUGUUGCUGCGUUUGGAAGUGCGAUUGGAGGCGUGGAGCUGUACUCCGAGAAUGAAGUUUCAAGCGGGGAUGAUUCUUAUGAAACGUUUUCAGAAUAUGAUGAAACCAGCAUCGACUGUGAUGUACAGCAUUACCAGAAAAUUUAGUUUGCAACAGUUUGGCACAAGAGAAAAAAGGGGGUGUUUUCGGCUAGCUAGAUGCUGGUAUGGAAUGUCGUAAUAUUUUGAGCACCAGUUGCAUCACCGUGGUAAAUAGGGUUUUCAGGGAUUUGGUGAUUCGAUGCUCUGAGCAGAUGUUUUUAACCCAGCCAGCAGGCGUAUCUGGUUGGCAAGUGUAAUUAGUUGUUCGUACUCUGCUUCGUUUUGUCAAACUUACUGUGAACCCCCAAAGUUAUUUUAGCCGUUUGUUUUAUGCA